GGAAAUCCGGCGGGCGUCGCUUCUAAGGCGAAGAAAAGUCUUCUCAUUUCUGAUGUCACACGGCUUUCGUGGGUCUAGACUACCCCUACAAGCACGGGCGCAUAAGGCAGGUGUACGGGGUGAUCGGAUAGUUCUUACCUUGCCGAUAGCGGUGUCUCCUGCCCGUGCAGCCCGUGGCGGCUUUGUUAAUAUAUUGGAGUAUAAUUCCCAUUCCUACCAAAGCCAAAACCUUCUUUGCAUCAAAGUGCAUUUCUCUGACCUGAACUUGACUUAUAUCAAUAUGUGGUGGUAGUGUGCAUCACUUGUUGAAUCUCCUAACAUCCAAAAUGCUUCGCGCGCUAUGACAAUGCAACUCACAGCCUGGAAGAGGGCAGUUUCGAACUUGAACACGCCGUCUACUAAGGACCUAAGCAGGAUCAAUGGCUCAAAUUCAUUGUCAUUCCGGUCCGCGCGGAGCGCCGCAAAUAGCGGUUGGUACUCGGUAACAUUUGCUUCUCCGUAUACUUCUAUUUCCAAAUCUCAAAAACACAAGAAAAGUCUAGACAGGGACUUCUUCCUCUCCGUGCUCGAGACUUCGGUCACCAAGCGAGAUGCCAAGGCCUACAUGAACAAAUUUGUUCCGCUGUUAGAAAAGAAAGGGGCGACAGGCUUCAAGGAACGUGCAACGCUGACUCGCCCAUCAAUCAACCAAGGCACUACCGAGGAGCCAGUUAUUAAUGAUGCCGCUGUCGUAAAAAAGGAUUUCAUUCAGGCACCUAAACUCGAAGCUGACGUCGCUAUCCAACUUCCAUUGUACGUUGCUCUAGUUAAGUUUCGUGCUCCCCAGGAAGUCGACGAUGCCACCCUAGGUGGCGUGGGAAAAACCCUAGGUCAACUUCGGAAGCUUGGGUUAAUUAGUAUCGUUGUCGUUGAUUGUGGUACUUCUGGGGGAAAUGAAGCCGCACAGAGACAAACCGCCGCCAUACAGGCUAAUCGUAUCGCCAUGGCGAUAGAUAAUUAUGAUACUCCGGGGGCGCGAGUUAUUGACUCUCCGAUUACCAUCGACACUCCGACCGAAGGAGAUACCUCGCCGUUCACUUCACGUGGUAUAUUCGUUGGCAAUCCUAACGACCUGAUGGCCGCAUUGCAAGAGGAGGUCGUCCCUAUUAUCUCCUCCUUCGGGUACACCUCAGAUGCCUGCGCUGUCAAGCCGGUUAAUGUCAACGAUGCUAUACUGGCCCUCACGAGACAGCUAUCUGGGCUUCAGUUUAUAGGCCAACCGGUUGAAGAUUCAAAGGCGAUACAAACAUCAAGAUUAGCUGAGGUUUAUCGCCUUAUUGUGUUGGACACCUUAGGUGGAAUUCCUGCCAAAAACCGAGCUACUGGAAGGCAUUUGUUUCUGAAUCUGGAGCAGGAAUUACCAGAGGUCCGAAAUGAUUUGAUAUCACCAACAUCAGAGAACCCGGAUGGCCCGAGCAAGGAAAGUUUGCAGCACUUGGAGAAUGCCGAACUAGCUAAGAAUGUCUUAUCUCUUCUACCACCGACUUCCUCCGCAGUUAUAACAACCCCACAGGAAGUGGCAAAUGAACGUGGCCUACAAGAAAACAGCUUGGAUUGGGCUCUCGUUGGUACGAGACGCGGCCAGAACCCGUUGAUACACAGUCUUCUCACCGACAAGCCAGUCCAAUCUUCGUCACUACCCUCCGAGCGUUUCAGACCUGUCACGUCAUCAACUGGCAUGGCUCAGAUCGGGUCACUGACGACAUUAGCUAAGCGUGGGAUGCCGUUGACUGUAUUCCCGGAUCCUCGAGUUACUUUAUGGAAACCGCCCAAAUUAGGGGAGAGAGGCUUGAAUCUUACGGAUCCGUGUAUCGAUCUUCCUAGACUCGUCAACUUGAUCGAGGAUUCUUUCGGCAGGAAGCUCGAUGUAGAUCAUUAUCUGAAGCGGAUACACGGAAACCUAGCCGGCGUAAUCAUCGCAGGAGAGUAUGAGGGAGGCGCAAUACUAACAUGGGAGAAGCCCCCUGGCCUAGAUGGAUCUGAAGCAGAUAAUCCAAGCCGGCUCGUGCCGUACUUGGAUAAGUUUGCGGUUCUCCGUAAAAGCCAAGGAGCCGGAGGAGUGGCGGAUAUCGUAUUCAAUGCUAUGGUUCGUGGCUGCUUACCAGAAGGGGUUUGUUGGAGAAGUAGGAAGGACAAUCCUGUCAACAAAUGGUACUUUGAACGAUCGAGGGGCUCGCUGAAGUUCAAGGACAUGAACUGGGCUAUGUUCUGGACGACCCCGAACUUGGCUUUGGAUUGUCAGAAGUUCCGAGACUACGAGAGUGUUUGUCGAGGUAUUGAGCCGUCGUGGGCGGAUAAUAAACCCAUUGCUGAUUAGAUAGAAGGACCUGAGCGAGUUGAAUUAUAGACGGCGAUUAUAUCUCGAUAAAUUUGGUUUUGGGAUACCUAGAGGUCGAAUGACGCGAAAAUGCCAUCAUUUUUCUGUUGUCGGUACUAUUAAGUCGUAGAAAGGAGCUGGUCCCUUUCUUAUAACCUCGACUUAUUGAAAUAUCGUGUCAUGGUAUUUCUUGGUCUCACGCUUAUAUUAUUAUUUUUGUUAAACAACCUACCUCUUCUAAAAGGUUGAGAUGAUGGUGUAUCCAUAUGCAAACUAAAACCACUCAUGUGCAUAAUACAUACCUAUCAAUGGCCUAUCUCGUCAAUGCUCGUCAAUCGUAAUGAUCGUCUAGACCCGGUAUAUGCAUUGUUUGAACUGUAAUGAUCUUUGUCCACGUAUCAUAAGUCCAGUAUAACACACCUUCAUAUGUAAAUUUUUAUGUCGCGGGGCGGCAAGGCGGCGUCAUCUUAAGGCGGUCAAAUC